AUGCUGAAGAGCACCUUGCUCCUGGCGUCAACAACCCUGGUCGUAGCACAAUCUUCGUCCUCUGAGCCCUGCGCAGCUGCGGCCGCGGACCUAGGACAAUCCAGUUCUAUCGAAGCACAAGUCGCUUUCGACUGUCUUGAUUCCGUUCCUGUUGAUGUCCAGGGAAACACCCAGCUUAUCGAUGAGCUGAAGCAAAUAUGGCAAUUCCAAUCCGAACUCGUGUGGUUGAAGAAACCAGGCGAUGAUUGGGAAUUCGGAGCCCUGGACAUCGAAGCCGAAUUGGACAAUGUGAAGAACAACCUCAACUCCUUCUCCAGCGAAUAUGCGGUUCAGCUUGCUAUUCAAAACAUUACCAUCCGAACAGGAAAUUUCCAUUUCAACUACCGGCCCGAUAUACUUACGGUGUUCGACUUCUUCAGGCAAAUCAAUGUUGCUUCCAUCUCCGAGGACGGCAAGGCACUUCCAAAGCUCUAUGUGGCUGACGAUGUUGCGAGUGUAGCUGAGGGCAGCUCAGAUGUUUCCGAGAUUACCGACAUCAACGGUCAGAACCCAUACGACUUCCUCAAGUCUACUUCUUGGUCACAAUACAUCGACUCGGACGGCUUAAUUAACAACAUGCUGUCCAAAGGAGACACCGAUAACCUUGGUAGCUUCAUGAAUCAAAGGAAAUACGACGGCCCCAGCACUGAUAUCACGUGGGCGAAUGGUUCAACGGUUUCCAUCCCUAACGGUGCUAGCUCAGACUAUGCCUCUACAUUCGCUGGUAUCACCGACGGACAGUCGUUUUUCGACACCUUCUGCACCGGCAGCUCCUCGCCUCUUUUUGCCAACACAAAGGCUGAUUCGGGAUCAGCUGACGUUGCUCUCCCAAAGCCGAAGAUGCCAGCUGGUAUCAGCCAUAUCAUCGCGCCUAGCGCCCCUGGUCCCGUUCCCCGUAUUCCUACCGGUGAGUACCGGCGCCGCAACAAGCGUCAGACUAUGACGCCUUCUUCUGGGUCUUAUGCAGAAAACGUUGUUGAGCAAGAUUCAAGUGGAACAGUGGCCGGCUACUUCCUUAAUGGUGAUGGUUACGACGAUGUUGCAGUUCUCAAGAUAAUCUCUUUCAGCAACCCUGGUGAAGAGCUGACUGAAUCUGAGUUCUGCAACGAGUUUCAGACCACCAUCGCAUCGUUCCUCAGCAAGUGCAUGAGCGAGAACAAGCAGAAACUCAUCAUCGAUUUACGUGAGAACGGUGGCGGUAGCACUAAUUUGCUUCUCGAUGCUUUCAUGCAGUUGUUCCCGGACAUGGAACCCUUCUCUGGACAGCGUUACAGAGCCACAGAUGCUUUCGUAAAGAUUGGUGAUGCUAUCAACGAGAUCAGGAGUGACCCAGUCAAAGCUAGAAAGUUUGCCCAGUUUACUGAUGAGAGUAUCGAGGAGAGUUAUACGUUUAGGUACUGGUCGUGGUGGCACUUCCGAAAUGCCGACGGAGUAGACUUCAGUGGGUGGGAUGACUUCAAUGGUCCAGUUGAGUUGAACGACGAUUCGUACACGAAGACGAUGCGUUACAAUUACACCGACGAAGUAUCUAUCCUCCCCGAAGGUUGGCGUUUCGUGAACGGCACUCGCCCCACCCCAUUCAAUGCGUCUAACAUCGUUAUGUACACCGACGCCCUUUGCGGCUCAUCUUGUGCCUCCUUCCAUGAAGAGCUUAAGAACAUUGCCGGUAUCAAAGCCGUCACUGUCGGUGGCCGCCCAGAGAACAAGCCUAUACAGACCGUGACCGGAUCCAAGGGUGGUGAAGUGACGCCGCUUAUUUACUGGCAAAGCUUUGCCCAGAUCGCCUUGAACAUGAGUUCCGCACUCUCUCUAUCCUCCUACUCCGCCAACGACGAUACGCUUUCAGCCGUGGCCAAUACUCCGCAAAUAAUCACCCGCGCUGGAGACGGAGCAUCGCGCCUCCAAUCUCAAGACCAAGUGCGAAAAGGCGACGUUGCUGGUACGCCUCUACAGUACAUAUACGAAGCCAGUGAUUGUAAGAUAUUCUACACGGCGACAACAUAUGCUGAUCCCGAUGCUGCUUGGAAGCAAGCCUGGGAUGCUUUCCAGGACGACAGUAAGUGUGUAGAAGGGUCCACAGGACAUGCGAGUUCUAUCUCGGGAGGCUUCAAAGCGUAUGGCGCCGGUGAGCUGAAGGCGGAGGAUCAGCCUACUGGGAGUGGCGCCGGAAAUGGUGGUAGUGGAGGUGGAAACGGGGAUGACGCAAAUGCUGCGAGCACUGCGGGAAUGAACGGUUUGGUAGUUGUAUUUGCAGCUGUUGUCUUCGGCGCUAUGACACUAUAG